AUUAAAUUCUCUCACAAUCCACUGACGAAUACCACCCCCUUAAGACUUGAGACUUCCCUCAUUCUUCGUGCUUCUCCUUCGGCUCCUUCAUUCUCUCAGGUGAAACCGACUUCACGACACAACACUCACUUCCACUCGACUGUUGCAGCCCCGUAAAGUUCACCGAUCUAAUUGCUUAAUACUCCUCUUUCCGACUCGUCUCUCGCUUCCACAGUCACCUCUCGUCUCUCGGUGUCAAGACUUAAUCACUUCAUCAAUCUCACAAAUUCUUGGUCUGCGAAUACCUUUGAUCAUGAUAAUGGAGGCAUCGUUGAACACCAGAUGCAAUGGAUCCCUGGCUUGGUCUUACCAGUCAUUGUUGCUGAAGCUUUUGAGGAUGAGGAUGGUGUAGGUAAUGAUGUUGAUGAGGGUCUAGCUGCUGGAGGAGGUUUUAAUGCCGAAAAUGUUGAUCAGGCUGGUGUGAACGACCUUGGGGAAGUUGUGAACGCCCUUGCGGUUGAAGAAGGUCCUAUUGCUGCUGGAGUGGUCUUCAAUGCUGAAGAAGAGCUAGCUGAGAUUGAGAUUGUUGCUGUUGCUCCUCUCAACCAACACGCUCCACUUAUGCCCUUGCAGAACGCACUAGUCGCUCCAGCUGUGAAUGAGGAUGCACCUCAUGGAUUUGAGGAUGGAGCAGCAGGGCAGAACGCUGUUGUUGUGGCUCCAGCUAUGAAUGAGAAUGCACCUCCUGUGCAGAACAACGCUGAAGAUGGAGGAGAGAUCCUUAGGAGGCCACUUAAGCGCAGAAGAAGAAGCAUCUGAAUCUGGAGAGAUGCCACUUAAGCGACAAGUAUAGAGGAGCUUUAUUAGAUAGAGUCAGUCUAUUAACAACACAAAAUGUAUUAAAAAAAAAACUUUUGAUAGAUAUAAUAUUCAAUAUUCUUUGUGACUUGUUGUUCGGUCACCAUGUGUCCCAGCAACAGAGUUGUAGAAUCUUUUGGUAAAAAAGAAAAUACAGUGCUUCUGUUUU